ACGUACAAUAGAAUCUCAUGUUGAAUAUCCAAUAUAAAAUAACGAUAAGAAAAUGGGCAGAUAAGUUAAUAUUAGCGCCAUGAAAGUAGAAAAGGGAUAGUUUUAGUGUUAAAUGUAAAGAAAGAUCGUAUACUACCAAAUAUGUUGUGAGAGACAUUAGUUUUUGCAAGUGUUUCCAAUUAUUCAUUUUCAAGAGUUAAUCCAGUCAAAAUGUCGCUUCCAAAUAUACCGAAAGCCAUCAGCAUGGAAAUUAUUGCUGCCAAAACCAUCCAACAAGAUCAAAGGAGUUUCGUUCAAAAAUUCAAGUAUAUUGUUACGCACAUAACGGUUGAACCAUUAGUAUUCUUCUACAUUCUACCUGGUGUGAUGGGAUUGCUAACCACUCAAAAUUUGAACCUCGAAAAAGCCUGCAGAGUUAGUCUUCAAUUCAACCAAUCCGUGUGCGACGCAAUGCUCAACAGAGAUCAUACAGGGUAUGAAGACUACCAUGAGGCCGAGGUCCAGAAACUGGUAGCGAAGAUGCUCACGAUUAAAACUGCUGUGAUAGGAUUUUUUCCUACCCUACUCAUGUUGUUCUUUGGGUCUUGGAGCGACAGACACCAAAGAAGAAAGCCUGUUAUUUUAAUACCAAUCGUCUGUGAUAUAAUCAGCGGAUUAGGCUUGAUGACAUGUUCCUAUUACUUCAUGGAACUCUCCAUCUAUUACGUCCUGCUCACCGAUUGUUUUCCUUACGCCCUUGGUGGAGGAUGGAGUUGUGUAUUUCUCGGUGCCUUCAGCUACGUCAGUGGCAUCAGCUCGGAAGAAGAAAGAACUAUUCGCAUAGGAACCCUAUCCAUGUUUCAGAACGUAGCUAUGACCACUGGCAACGCUCUUGGUGGGUAUUUUAUUGGGCCUUUAGGCCUUGUUGGGUCCUACUUCGUUGUAACCAUCAUCAUGUGUGGAUGUCUCGUUUACGGGAUGAUCAUUAUUAAGGAUCCAAAGAAAGAAGAGAGGAGAGUGGUGAAGGUGAAAAAUAAAAAUUUCGUCCAGGAUUUUUUGGAUCUUCAGCACGUCAAGAGCACAUUCCAGAUCUGCUUCAAAGAAGGACCAAGCAAUAGGAAAUGGCGGGUGAUCAUAAUAAUGAUGGCUACGGUUUUGAUUAUAGGCCCAUUACAAGGUGAAUUUGCCGUUUUAUACCUGUACACAAGGUACAAAUUCGGAUGGAAUGAAGUCAACUACAGUAUAUUCAGCUCAUGUCAAUUCAUCGUUCAAAUCAUUGGUUCGACAUUUGCAUUAUCAUUUUUUUCGAAAAAACUCAAAUUUGAUGAUGCCACUUUGGGAAUUAUUGCAUUGGUCAGCAAAAUAUCAGCUUGCUUAGUGUAUGCAUUUGUUCCAACAGGACAAUAUUUCCUCAUAGGUUGCUUGGUGGAAAUAUUUCACGGGACCUGCCACAUCGCCUUGAGAUCGCUGAUGGGAAAAAUUGUACCGCCUCAUGAACUCGGCCAGACUAAUUCUAUGUUUGGGGUUUGUGAGGCAAUAAUGCCCCUUGUGUUUGGGCCUUUUUAUACAACUUUAUACCAUUACACCAUAAAAGUUUUCCCUGGGGCAUUCUACUUAGUGUCUGCUACUUUGUACAUGAUAACACUGCCUCUAUUCAUAUGUUUGUACAAAUUCAAUAAAGAAGAAAGGAAGCAGACAAAAGAAAAGGAAUUGCAAAUCGAACAAGAAGAAAAUCUUUUAAUGAAAGCCAUCACCAAUGGAAGAAAAAAAUCUUUGGACAUUCUCAAAGCAUAACAUCCAAAUUACUGUGUUAUUUGCAUGGCAAUAAGUAAAAAAGUUAAAAAAGUAAAUUUUAACAAAACAUAUAAUUAUUCAAUUCUGUUAAGGUAUCUGAGUAGAAUAAGUGUUCUCUGUAUUAUUUAUUUUUGAUAUUUACUAUUAGUAAUAUACAUCUGUUUUUCUGUUGAAAGAAAAAUAAAUACACCACUUUUAAAUAUUUCA